AGCCUCAGACACACCAAGAAGCUUACACGUGUCCUUUCGCGAAAACGACGUCGUAGAAGCACCAGCUUCACAGUCUCCAGAUACUCCUCUCGUGUUGCAUCUCCCUUCGCGUAAUCAUUCGCAAAAAAAGGGGAAAAAACAACAAAAACACAUACAGAGAUCAUCCAUGAGCCCAUGCUCAUUGUCUGUCUGAUCAAUUCCCCCUUCUUGCACAACGAUGCCCACAAAAAAGCUUUCAGAGAUCUGAAAAAGGGUAGAAGGAAUCAGCUUUGGGGACAAGAUUCACCGAGAAAGUUUCCAUCUUUGUUGGAAAAAGGAAUCGGCUUUUUCUCAGUAUCAUGUGGAAAUUCACUUCCAAAUCCAUCACAGAGACCUUAAGACAGAGCAACAACAUCGACCCGGAACCAAGAAAAGCUCCUCAUGAUUCUUCGGAGGAUGGAACCUUGUUAAGGACAACAAGGGAAGAAGGUUUGGAGUGCCCUGUAUGUUGGGAAUCCUUCAACGUUAUGGAGAAUGUGCCUUAUGUAAUGUGGUGUGGACACACGAUUUGCAAGUACUGUCUGGUCGGGCUUCAACGCGCCGUUGUAAAGUUCCAGCCUUUACCGUUCCAGAUCCCGUUCUUCGUGGCUUGUCCAUGGUGCAACUUACUCUCCUUAAGACUGGUGUACAAUGGAAUCAUCAAGUUCCCUUCCAAGAACUAUUAUCUCCUCUGGAUGGUUGAGGGCAUGAACGGGUACCGAUCAAAAUCGAGAAGGGACAGCAUGAACACACCAAGCUUAUGUUGUCGCAGAGAUGGAAAUGACAUGUCUGAACCGAGUGAUUCGGUUCCAGAUGAACUGUCACUCAACAGUGGUGGUGGAUGGGAUUGGAUUAUCGAGUUCUUUAGGACGAGGAGGCUCCAUGACUCCUUACGUGAGUCAGUGGCUGUGAUUUCUCACUUGUUUGCUAAGUUUCCUCUGAUAGUUGUAUCCCUUUUGAUGGCUUUAUACGCAAUCCCGGCGAGUUCUACAGUGUUAGGACUCUACAUCCUUCUCACCUUUGCAUUGGCUGUCCCGUCGUUUCUUGUUCUGUAUUUCGCCUUCCUGAGUUUGAACUGCUUCAUCAGAGAGAUCGCGUCGUGAUUUUUCCCUUUCCUCCAGAAGAGACUGUAGCUCUCGGUUUUGGUAUUAGUCUCCCACGAAGAUUCAAUUGUUCAGUUGACGGGGUUUUUCUAUUUUGAUCCAACCGGAAUAGGGUCGGAGGCAAACCUGUAAACAUGAAGAUACAAAAGCUCCGUAUGAACAUAUAGCAAGAUUUUUAUUUCACUUUAACAUUGUUUUCUUCAGCACCUUCACUGUAUCUAGAUAAUGCCCAUGAUAUGCUCCUGACCCUUUAAAUCAACAUUGGAGCUAUAUCCAUAUAAACCAUGUACAUCUAUAUAUGGAUACAGGAGAGGAUUUUGUGCAAGUUGAAGAUGGCUGUUCCAAGUGAAAGGGGAAAAGAGAAGAUUCUUAUAACAAACUGUUUUUCACUGUACAAGAUGGAACAAAUCUUGCCAAUCUGUGUACAAGAAGAAUAAGAAGCAACCAAAAAAAAAAA